UCGGUUCUUGCACUUUCCAAAAAGGCAGCUGUGGUCUUCAGGGUUCUUCUGACGGGUUCUUCCAGUGUUCCACCUGUAGGUCCCGCAAAAUACAAAAUGAAAAGAAAUGAUGGACCUCCUGAGUCGACCUUCAACUUUUGCUGAAGUUUGGAUGGACGUGGAGCACAAAGCAGACACCUGACCAGACAAAGUGGCGAUGAUGGUGGGGUACUUUUGUUGAUUUAUUUUACACGCACGAUGCGCGGUCAUGGCUUGUUGUGACCGUGGGCUCCAGACGCUCCUGGCUGUCGUGGGCGCCUUCGCCGCAUUUAGUCUCAUGAGCAUCGCCAUCGGCACCGACUACUGGCUCUACUCGCGGGCGUAUAUCUGCAACGCUACCAACGCGAGCAUGGACGACAGCCAAGCUCAGAGCAAGAAAGUCAAAGGCGACCUGACGCACUCUGGACUUUGGAGGAUCUGCUGCAUAGAAGGUAUCAACAAAGGAAGCUGUUUUCGAAUCAAUCACUUCCCGGACGAUAAUGACUAUGACACAGACAGCUCGGAGUACAUUCUACGUAUCGUGCGAGCCUCCAGCCUCUUCCCCAUUCUCAGCACCAUCCUCCUGAUGCUGGGUGGCCUGUGUGUUGGUGUCGGGCGCAUCUACACCAGGAAGAACAACAUCCUGCUCAGUGCUGGGAUUCUCUUUGUGGCUGCAGGUUUGAGCAACAUCAUCGGCAUCAUCGUCUACAUCUCCAGUAACGCUGGCGAUCCCAGUGACAAGAAAGACGAAGACAAGAAAAACCAUUAUAACUACGGCUGGUCCUUCUAUUUUGGCGCCCUCUCCUUCAUUGUGGCAGAGUCAGUCGGAGUACUCGCCAUCAACAUAUACAUCGAGAAAAACAAAGAGACGCGCUUCCGAGCCAGGCGUGACUUUAUCAAAUCCAUGACUUCCUCUUCGCCAUACGCGCGCAUCCCGAGCUACCACCGCAGACGGAGGCGCUCGCGCUCCAGGUCGUUGGAGCUCUCCCCGGGGGGGAUGAAGCGGGGGGGAGGAUUUGGCGGGGAGAUGAGCAUGCAGGUGGGAGACAUAUCCCUAUACACCUUCCGCACUGACCCUUUGAAGGCAGGCAGGCAAUACAGUCCUGAGAGUGACUCUGGCUUCUUGCAGGUGCACAACUGCUUCCAGGAAGAUGUGAAAGAUGGAGGCAACAGGAGGACCACACCCGUAUGAGCGCUCUUGUCUGACUUUACAAUACGAGAGAUAUUACUUGACUGUACGUGUCUGUGCAGUGACAUCAACAAGUAUUUGCCCUGUUCCCAAAUUAUUAUUUUUUUCAUUGUUUCCCCACUUGUCAUCAAAUAAAUUGAAAUAUAAG